GUGUCGAGGACAACCUCUGAGGGUUCGGAGCAGCGGCCCAAUCUCUAGGGUUUUGUGGCUUUCGUUUCCUUUGUUCCCCUCGCGGAGUCGUGGUCUAGGGUUCCCGCACCCUCGCCAAUCCCCAUCCACUCCCUCACCGCCAUGGACUUCGACGAGUACGACUACUUGGAGAAGGCGGUCGAGCCCCCAGUCCCGUCAACCAACGGCGCCGGCGAGAAGGACCGCAGCUCGCGCCGCCGCUCCUCAACCGGCGGCGGCGGCGGCCGCGACCAGGACGAGCGCGGAUCGAAACGCCCUCGCUCGGGAGAAGACCGCGAGCGGCACCGCAGCAGCCGCGAGCACCGGGACCGGGAUGACGGGAAGGAGAAGGACGGGAGCCGCGACCGCGAGAAGGUAAGGGAGAAGGACGAGGGCCGCGACCGCGAGAAGGUUAGGGAGAAGGAUGGGGGACGCAGCCGCGAGAAGGUUAGGGAGAAGGAUGAGGGGCGUGACCCUGAGAAGGUUAGAGAAAAGGAUGAGGGUCGGGACCGAGAGAAGAUCAGAGAGAAGGAUAGCAGCCGCGACCGUGAUAAGGUUAGGGAAAAGGAGCGAGACGGCAGGGACAGGCUUAUGGAGAGGGAGAACGGAAGGGAACGUAGGAGCCGUAGCCGCUCAGAGCGACGCCGCGGGGAGGAGGAGGAGAUGGUAAGGGAGCUUCAACGGGAGCGCGAACGCAGCGACCGACACCGUGACUACCGAGACCGUGAUUUCAGGCGCAAGAAAGAUGAUGGUACAGAACCGGAAGUUGACCCCGAAAGAGAUCAAAGGACUGUAUUUGCCUUCCAGCUAUCUUUGAAGGCCGAUGAAAGAGAUGUCUAUGAGUUCUUCUCAAGAGCAGGGAAGGUUCGUGAUGUUCGCCUUAUUAUGGACCGAAACUCACGGCGUUCCAAAGGAGUUGGGUACAUCGAGUUCUAUGAUGUUAUGUCUGUUCCAAUGGCAAUAGCUCUAACCGGUCAGCCACUUCUUGGGCAAGCAGUGAUGGUUAAGCCAUCAGAGGCCGAAAAGAACUUAGCCCAGUCAAAUGCGGCAUCAGGUGGAGCAGCUUCAGGUGGAGCAAGAAAGUUGUAUGUUGGCAACCUUCAUUCCAAUAUCACCGAGGACCAAUUGAGACAGGUCUUUGAACCAUUUGGGCAAGUGGAGCUUGUCCAGCUGCCUGUAGAUCCACUUACUGGGCUAUGCAAAGGUUUUGGUUUCAUUCAGUUUGCACGGCUUGAAGAUGCAAAAGCUGCUCAGAGUUUGAACGGCCAGCUCGACAUUGCUGGGAGAGUAAUCAAGGUCUCCGCUGUUACUGAUCAGGGUGGUGUGCAACUUGGUGGCACAACCACUGGAGAUUUAGAUGAUGACGAAGGUGGAGGGUUGGCAUUAAAUGCAAGCUCUAGAGCCCUUCUGAUGCGGAAAUUGGACCGGAGUGGCACUGCAACCAGCUUAACUGGUGGCAUUGGUGCUCCUGGUUUGAACACGUCUGUUGGAUUGCCUGCUGCAUCAGUUUUUGGUGCUCCUCUGGCAGCUGCUUCUCUUGCACCCACAAUACCUACUGUUGGAGCUGUUCCAGGAGCACCUCUUCCUGUUAUCUCUCAGUCUGCUGAUAUUGGGACACCUACUGAAUUCCUGUUGCUGAAGAACAUGUUCGACCCAGCAGUGGAGACGGAUCCUGAUUUUGAUUUGGAUAUUAGAGAUGAUGUCCAAGAAGAAUGUUCAAAGUUUGGUGUAGUGAAGCAUAUUUUUGUUGACAAACAUACUGCUGGCUUUGUGUACCUGCAUUUUGACAGCUCAACAGCAGCAACAAGUGCACAACGAUCACUUCAUGGUAGAUGGUUUGCAGGAAAGAUGAUCACGGCAACCUUUAUGACUGCCCAGCAAUAUGAAAUGAAGUUCCCAGACCGCUCAGCAGUGUGAAAUGAAGUUGCCAAGCUAGCGGACAGGUUAAGUGGUGAAGAGCGACCUGGCGGAUGAUUUGCUUAACUGUUCAACAAUUUCAAAUGAAAUCGUGUCAAGUCUUACUAGAAGAGGACGCCAAUUAUUGUUUCUUGUAACAUUAUGACGGACUGGAAGAGGUUUGUUCUGGAGUCUGGACGGUAGGAUAAUUUGUGGUAGUUGGAGGAUUUAUUUAUUAUCUCUAGCAGUAUCCUAAAUAUUAGCUGUACCUGUAUUAUAACCUGAUCUGCCCAAUAUUACAACUAAGCGACAUUAUUUUGGUCUGAACCGCAGAAGAGAAUGCGACAACCGUUGCAGCAACACUAA